CGAGCUCGCACAUUAACCGCUUCUCGGUACUGGGAUCUCGGCAUAUCCGCGCACCUCCAGAAAAUACCUCCAUAUAACUACUUUGCCACUUUCCACCCUUCUCUUCUCUUUCCCACCACAAACAACCCAACCCUUUUACGACUUCCUAUAUUCAAAAUGCCCGUUGCUCCUCGGAAAGCUUACGUCGUCGGUGUCGGCAUGACCAAGUUCGACAAGCCGCGCGGCGAGCGUGACUACCCUGAGCUUGGCCUCGAGGCAUCGGUCAAGGCGCUUCUCGAUGCUGGCGUCACUUACGACGAUGUUGAGACGGCCGCUGUCGGCUACUGCUACGGAGACUCGACGUGUGGACAGCGCGCCGUCUACCAGCUCGGCAUGACCGGUAUCCCCAUCGUCAACGUCAACAACAACUGCUCGACGGGCUCGUCGGCCUUUGCCUUUGCCGCCAACAGCAUCAUGUCCGGCCAGGCCGACUGCGCCCUCGCUCUCGGCUUCGAAAAGAUGGCCCCCGGCUCGCUCGGCUCGGCCUGGGACGACCGUGCGGCCCCGAUGGAGGGCACCAUGUCGCAGCUCUUUGAGCUCGAGGGCGAGAAGGACUACUCCAAGGAGGACUUUGGGCCUUUCGCUGCGCGCAUCUUUGGCGCCGCUGGCCUCGAGUACAUGGAGCGGUACGGUGCCAAGCUCGAGCACAUUGCCAAGAUCUCGGCAAAGAACCACAAGCACAGCGUCAAGAACCCCUAUGCCCAGUUCAGGAGCGCCCCCAGCUGGGAGGAGAUCCUCAAGGCGAGGGCCAUCACGAGGGAGCUGACGCUGCCCAUGUGCAGCCCCACCUCGGACGGUGGCGCUGCGGCCAUUGUCGUCUCGGAGGACUUCAUCAAGAAGCACAACCUCCAGGACCGUGCCAUUGAGCUCGCUGGUCUCGGUGUCUCGACCGACAGCGUCAGGCUGUACGAGGACCGCAGCCGCAUCGAGCUCGCCGGUGCCGACAUGACGCGCCGUGCUGCCCAGACGGCCUACAAGCAGGCUGGCGUCGGCCCCCACGACAUCAAGGUCAUUGAGCUGCACGACUGCUUUGCCGCAAACGAGCUCGUCGUCUACGACGGCCUCGGGCUCUGCAAGGAGGGCGAGGGCCACCACCUCAUCGACCGUGGUGACAACACCUUUGGCGGUAAGUGGGUCAUCAACCCCUCUGGUGGUCUCGAGUCCAAGGGUCACCCGCUCGGCGCGACGGGCAUCGGCAUGAUCUUCUACCUCACCAUGCAGCUCCGUGGCGAGGCUGGCCAGCUCCAGGCCGACAACGUCAACUACGCCCUCUCGCAUAACAUCGGCCUCGGCGGCUCGUGCGUCGUCACUGUCCUCAAGCGGGCACCCUUCUACAAGAAGGGCUCGACGAUGCAGCAGCGCCUCGGCUACAACGUCGCAGACGAGUGCAAGCGCAUGACCGAGGAUGAGCUCAACAAGGUCAGGUCCAAGCACUUCAGCGACUACCUCCCUCCCUCGAUCCCAGAGUCCAAGAUGUAAAGAGUUCUAUUCUUCAUUUACCCCUCUUUUUUAUGUGCUUUCCUCUCUUACGACAUCCAACUAAAAAUCGGAUCAGCUUGAGCUUGCCAGUUCACGAUAGAAGAUUGCUUUGGAGAAUCCACUUGAAUUUAUUCGAAAAGAC